AUGACUACCUUUAAAUACAUCAACAAACUCCAAGGCAAACGUGUGCUAAUAUUUGGAGGGACCUCCGGCAUUGGCCACGCAGUCGCCGAAGCCCUGCUGGAACACGGCGCAAAGAUCGUCAUAUCAGGGUCCACAACUGAGAGCGUGCAGAGAGCGAUCGCCCGUCUACAAAAGGCCUAUCCUGACGUCAAUCCGGAACGGAUUGUUACGGCCGUCUGUGACUUGGUGCAAACCGAUACGUUGGAAGACAGAUUGCGCGAGCUGCUUAAAGAGGUAGUGUCCAAAGAUGAACAGAAGAUAGACCACAUUGUCUUCACUGCUGGCAACCGCUUCGAUGUCGCUGGUGGUAUUACGGGGACCGAUAUUCCUCUUGUCAACUCGAUCAUGGCCGUGCGAGUCUACGCACCAAUCCUGAUUGCCAGAGUCAUCGCCACGACAGACUAUGUUACCAAGUCAGCCUCGACUUCUUUUACAUUCACCUCUGGUACUGCGCAUACCCGCCCACGCAAGACUUGGCCCAUCAUUGCCAUGAUGUCUGGUGCGUUGCAAGGACUAGCUACCGGUCUGGCGGUUGAGCUGGCGCCGAUUCGGGUGAAUGUCGUCAAUCCUGGUCUAUUCAAGACUGAACUAGCUAGCGAAUGGGUCCCCGAAGCCCUGGAAGCAGCCAGCAACAUGACACUUACGAAGAGACUCGGACAGCCUGAAGAUAUUGCUGAGGCGUACUUGUAUUUUAUGAAGGAUGCUUCGGUGGACGGAACAGCUCUGGUUUCUGACAAUGGAAAGGUGGUGGCCUAG